AUGUCUUGGAAGUGUGCUUUAUGUGGAAAAUCAGUUUAUUUUGCUGAACGAAAACAAGCAGAAGGUAAAGAUUGGCAUAAUAUUUGUUUUAAUCAAUAUUAUAAAAAGAAAAGACAAGCAGAUGCAGAAAGAAUAAAUGCAGAAUAUAGGAAGGUUGCUGAUGUUUGUCCUGAAUGUGGAGAAUUAAGAAAAGAUUCUGAAGUUCGUUUUUGUGCCGGUUGUGGAUACAAGUUCCAAUGA